AUGGGCCGCAACUCAGCGGAGCACCGCCGUCAGUGCCCUCCGCGGCGGCACGCCCCCGAGGAUAUGGCCUCGCUGCCGAUCCCCGACGAACUCCUCGCCGAAAUCUUCGUUCGCCUGCCCACCCCAGCCGACCUCGUCCUCGCCUCCGCCGCCUGCGUCUCCUUCCGCCGCGUCGUGGCCGACCGCUCCUUCCUCAGGCAGUUCCGCAAGCUCCACGCGCCGCCCCUCCUCGGCUUCCUCGGCCCGCACACCGGCUUCGACCCCGCCGAGCGGCCUCACCCCUCCGCAUCUGCGGCCAGUGCCGUCGCCCUCGCCGCCGACUUCUCCUUCUCGUUCCUUCCGCCCCCCGGCCCCGCUCACCGCUGGGCUCUCUGGGACGUCCGCGACGGCCGGGUCCUCCUCCGCGGGAUGCCCCUGGAAGAUUCUCAUGGAGUCGUCUUCACAGAGACGGUGGUGUGCGACCCUUUGCACCGGAGGUACCUCAUGCUUCCCUCAAUCCCUGACGACGUAGCAGCUACCGUGGAGGGGCCACGCCCACAUUCAUGCGAGAUUUUCCUUGUUCCCGAAGGCGGCAAUGAGGACGAUGAGUCAACAGCCGCUGAAGAGACGUCAUUCAGAGUGAUCUGGAUGGGGCACUAUGAAGAUAAGCUCAUCACCUAUGUCUUCUCUUCCAGCACCAGACAAUGGCAAGCCAUUCGAUCCCUUACCUGGACCAAUUUGUCAGCUGGCUCGCUAUCAUCGACAGAGAUGACACUCUUCUGCCAGCGCCAAUACGUGUAUGGCUGCUUUUACUGGCUGCCAAAUUCGAAGCACGGAAUAAAAAUGUUGGUGCUCAACACCCGUAAGAUGGAGUUCUCCGUUGCUGAACCCCCAGCUGAACCCAAAGUUUGUUACAGACAUAUAACCAUGGUGGAGGCAGGAGAAGGCAGGCCCGGGCUGGUUGUCCUUACAUACGGCCCACGCGGCCACAUUUAUACCAUUUGGAGAAACAAUAAUGGGAGUUCCAGCCAAUGGCAAAAGGAUAAGGUAAUCCCACCCUCACCGGGAUCUGGGUACGUGCUCAGACAGUCGAUGGGGACACAUUUGCUUUUGAAUCACUGGGGGUUCUCAUCCUUCGACGAAGAAUUAUGCACAGACUUAUGCACGUUGGACAUGAAAACAUUAAAGAUUGAGAGAGUGUGUGCUUCCACAGUGCAGAGCUUCGCAUAUAGCAACUAUCCACCAUCGUUGUCGUCACCGACAAUAUCAAAUGGUAAACUCUCUGUUGCUUGCUCUUCAUUCUUCUCACAUAGCUUGUCUGAUGCUUGA